GACCUCCCCACUUCUCUGAGACAAAAAAGACACAAAGAUCAGUUUGUUUCCUGAGAAAAAGUAUUGUAUUGGCAAUGGCAAUGGCUCUCGUCAUUGAGGAACCCAUUAUUUCUAGGCUUGAUCGUUUGGAUCACAUGUUGAGGCACUUGGAGGAAAUUAAAGGGUGCAACAGAUCCCCAAAGAGCUCAUGUGCAUCCGUUGGAUCAAGCGGGACCCCGACGAGCGAUGGGCAAAGGUCGUCCACUGAUUUCUCCCCAAAGAGCCUAGAGAAGCACAGCCGUCCGCUCAACCACGUGCUAAUGGAGACCGAGGUGAAAGGAACGCUUAUUGAGAGGCUUGAGCAAGUAGAGGACCGUGUACUGAAGCUGUGUUUGCAGUUGGAGGUGGAAUUUGACGCGGAGAGGAAAAUAUUGGAGGCGAAAAGUGUGAAGAAGAAGAGUCGUCCCAAGGAGGGAUUGAAGCAACUCGUCAAACAUUGUGUGACGGGAAAAGGAAAACAUAAUAAAUCAAGGAGUGAUUAGUGUUCUAUGAGUUGCUCUGCAAAGGUGCACCAAUGAAGUGCUUGAUCGUGGUUUUGUUUCAAGUAAAUGUAAAGGUGUAGAAGUAGUGAAAGAAAGCAAAGAAACUUGCUUUUGGCGGAAUGAAGUCUCAGUUUCCUUCUCAUUGUAUAUAUAG